ACCAACUUCCUGAUUAAUGUAACAAGAAGCGAUGUGUUGUUUGUAUGCUGCUACAUUGUAACAGUCCUGGUGUUGUUGCUGUUCUGCAGGUUUGAACACUCUAAACCAGUCAAGAACGAGGAACUGCCAGCCUCCCAGACGCUGCCGCUCGCCUCCGUCUCGCUGCCCAGUCCAGCAGAUCCUGAGCCCAGUGGGCCGACGCCUGGACCAGUGGUGCCUGACUGGGUCAAUGCUGCAGAGUUUGUUCCAGGACAGCCCUACUGUGGACGUGGUCGUUCCCUGUUUCAGGCAUGCAUUGAAGCCCAUGAGAAAGACAUGGAGAUAUCAUUUGCCAUCCAGCGCAGCAAGGACAUGAUGUGCGGCGUGUGCAUGGAGGUGGUGUUUGAGAAGGUCAACCUUAGCGAGCGCCGCUUUGGCAUCCUCUCCAACUGCAACCACUGCUACUGUCUGAAGUGCAUUCGCAAGUGGAGGAGUGCCAAGCAGUUUGAGAGCAAAAUCAUCAAGUCUUGUCCAGAGUGUCGAAUCACAUCCAACUUUGUCAUCCCGAGUGAGUACUGGGUGGAAGAUAAGGACGACAAGCAGAAACUCAUCCAGAAAUACAAAGACGGCAUGGGGUAGGGUUUGCAUGACAC